AUGAAUCUUUCUCGUCCACUACACAAGGUGCUGCAGGUGUCGGUGCUAGUGGUGGAGCUUCUGGACACGGGCUCGUCAGUCAUGGUCAGCCUAGAGGACGGCUGGGACGUCACCACACAGGUGGUGUCCCUCGUGCAGCUGCUGUGUGAUCCCUACUACAGAACCUUUGAUGGUUUCCGGCUGCUGGUGGAGAAGGAGUGGCUGUCGUUUGGUCACAGGUUCAGUCACCGUGGAGCUCAGACGCUGGGCAGCCAGAGCAGCGGCUUCACCCCCAUCUUCCUGCAGUUCCUGGACUGCGUCCACCAGAUCCACCUCCAGUUCCCCAUGGAGUUUGAGUUUAGUCAGUAUUACCUGAAGUUCUUGGCCUAUCAUCACGUGUCCAACCGCUUCCGCACCUUCCUGCUCGACUCUGACUACGACCGCAUCGAGCUGGGUGUGCUGUACGAGGAGAAGGCAGACAGGAAGACUCCUCUGGUGUGUAAGUCUGUGUGGGACUACAUUGACAGACUGAACAAGAAGACUCCCAUCUUCUACAACUUCAUGUUUUCUCCUGAAGAUGAGGAGGUGCUUCGGCCAUACACCUUCAUCUCCAACCUGAAGGUGUGGGACUUCUUCCUGGAAGAGACUCUGUGUGAGGGGCCGUCGUACGACUGGGAGCUAAAAGGCUGGCAGGGGUGCGAGGCGGAGGAGACCGCAGAGAAACCUGACACCAGCGCUCCCAAGUCUCAGCGGCACGUGGUGUGGCCGUGCUACGACAACAUGAGCAAGGUGCUGCCCGACGCCAUCACCAAGCUGCUGCAGGACCUGCAGAGACUGGAGGCUGAACUUGGCCAGACUUCGGACAAGUGGAAGGAGACAUGGGACAAAAUCAAGACCACGCAGAGGACUGAGACCAAACUGGAAAGCAAGCCGUCGUUCUCCAGCUCGCUGCUGAUGUCAUCCAACCUCAGCCACCAGAGACGUUCCCACGGGGUCUGCCUGCAGGAGAGCGGCGUCAGGUCCUCAAUGAGUCUCAGCCUGGACUGUGAGGCCCGUGCCACAUCCACCCCUGUCACGGGUCGGCAAAGUACCAGUACGCUCUACAGCCAGUUCCAGAGCACUGAGAGCGAAAACAGGAGUUUUGAAGGCAUUUUAUAUAAGAGAGGAGCUUUGUUGAAACCAUGGAAACCCCGGUGGUUUGUUCUGGAUAAAACAAAACAUCAGCUGAGAUACUACGACUCCAGGCAGGACAAACAGUGUAAGGGGGUGAUCGACUUUGCUGAAGUCGAGUGCAUCACCGCGGGAACACCGGCCUUGGGAGCGCCUAAAAACAUAGAGGAGAAAGCCUUUUUUGAUCUGAAGACCAACAGGCGAGUGUACAACUUCUGCGCCCAGGACGUAACCAACAGCCAGCUGUGGAUGGACAAUAUUCAGAGCUGCCUGUCGGACGCGUGAGCGAGUCGGACUCUCCAAAAACAAAGGGCGAGAAAGGAGCAGACUGCUGCUGGGAGGGGCCUUCACCACUCCGUUGUGUUCACUAGUGAACUAAUCAUUUGAUGUUACAGCUGUUUUUGUUAUAAAAUAAGAAAAGAAAAAAAAUGCUCAAAGGGCCACCUCCCCAACUGUCUGAGCACAAAACUGAUUCAAGCAUUUCUGCAGCACGACGGUCCUUCACACCCUCCACCUCUAACCACCACCUGCCCCUUGAUCAACUACCCCACACACACACACACACACACACACACACACACACACACUGGGAGAGGAAUGAUGUUCUGCAGCCAGAGUCUUCAUCCAGUCCUCUGCAGCCCACAUCCUGCAACGGUUCAUGAAGGAUUUCCUUUUCUUUCAGCAUUUCUCUCCUUUCAUUUAGUUUUUGAUUCUCGUCCACCAUCAGGAACUGGUCCAGGCAGAACUGGUCCAGGCAGAACUGAGCGGCUCAUCCAGCCGUCCUCUGAAGGUGGUGCUCUGUGAGCUCCGUGCUUACAGGAACCAAACUCUCGGCUCCUCGGCCCUCGACAACCACUAUGCUUAAGACUUUGAAGGGAUGCUGAAGGGAAAAGGACGGGUGUAAUGUUUUCAUCUUCAGGAGGUCAGGGAGGCGAGCCAUGUGACGAGGGACACAUGAACAGUCAUCGU